AUCGUGGCGUAUAAAGUCUCUCUAAAUCAAUAAAUGUGUAUGCAUAACAUUUGCAAAAAUGUACAAAUAUUUCAAAGGAAAAUUACUUAAUACAUUUUUGCAAACUUGCCUACAUUAUCUUUUUCUUCAGUAGAAUUUGCAAAAUUAAAUUUGUAGAUUUUACUAAGUUAUCAAUGACUGUGUGAAUUACUUCUAAAAUUUGUCAUCAAAGAUAAUAAAUAUCGUGAAAUGGUCAAUACAAAAUAUGGAGGCACUUGAACUGCCAGGUUUCUGGAUCCUGCUAAAAAUUUGGACCUGGAUCCGUGACUUUGUUUUAAGUUUAGCUUGCCCAUCUUUGAUUCCGGACACGGAUAAAUUUGGUGCCAAAAUUAAGGCCACGUGGGAAAUUCCUGGACCCACGAUCUGGCGCCCUGUGUUGGGAGAUGCUCUAACCUUGAACAAGUUUGGGGGUCCGGAAAAAUUGUUGGACUACAUUUCCAGUUUACAUGAAAAAUAUGGACCAAUUUUCAAAACAAAACUUGGCCCGCAAAAAUUCGUAUUUAUAAAUCAUCCAGCCCUUUACGAAGAAAUUUUUAGACCUGAACCGAACUAUCCAAUCAGGUUAAAGCUCCCUUCAAGUGAAGCUUUUUAUGAGAAACAUAAAAUCGACAGAGGAAUAUUUUGCAGAGAUGGUAAAGAGUUUUGUCGAGGUCGAACUAUAAUGGCCGAAGUACUCCUUAAGGUGGCUGGUCAAUAUAUGGAAACGUUAUUCGACUCGGUCGACCCGGUAUUGAAGAGGUUAAUGGAUCACUGGACGACCAUGUCAAUGGAAACAAAGGGCGGACAUAUAAGAAAUAUCGAACAGGAUUGUUACGAGUUUUUCAUUGCUGCUAAAAUGACGAUGACUUAUGGUCAACAUUAUGAGACGUUCUUGUCCCAAGCCGGCUCCAGCGUGAAAACUUUGGCCUCUGAAGCGAUAAAAUUGAACGCCGCCACGUUUGACCUUAACACCCACCCGAUUCAAAUAGCGACCGGUUUUGGGCUCAAGGAAUAUGAUGAAUACACCCUGAAAAAUUUAGAAACAGGUCGCAAAUGUAUCGAUAUUGCGUUGGAGACCAUGGCCGCGACUGGCGGGUCGUCGGAAGAAUUUGGGCUUUUGCAUCGAAUAAAAAACGUCUACAACGCAUCUGACGAAGAAAUGAGAGUAUAUUUUACCGAUAUGACUGCGGACAUUAGCGACCAGGUUAGCUUAACCUUCCUCUGGAUACUAUUCUCCUUGGGUAGGAAUCCCGACGUUCAAGAGAAAAUUUUGCAAGAAAUUGAGCAAGUUUGCAGACCCGGGAAAAAUGUGGUGUACAAGGACCUCCAAAAAUUACCAUAUCUCAACACCACUUGUAAAGAAGUCUUCCGCCUCUUUUCCACCGCACAACUAGUUAUUCGAAAGAAUUCUAAUGACGUGGUCCUUGGUGGCUACAACGUUACAGCGGACUAUGCUGUCAUUCUAUCGUCCUUUUCGUCCCAUAAAAACCCCUCAUUCUUUUCUAAUCCGGAAAAAUUCUGGCCUGGCCGAUGGUUGGGGGAGGAGCGGGACGUGGAUACGGGGGAAGUAAAGAGAUCGGAAAAUGCCUAUUACCCCUUCGGCAUGGGGAAAAGAAUGUGUGCCGGAAAACUUUUGGCGUACAAUUUGAUGAAACUCUUUAUCGCAAAGGUCGUGCAGGCUUUCGUGGUGGAGAGUGACGAGGUUCAGAAAAAGCUUAAAAUAAUGCUAUACCCCAAUGGAGACAUGAAUAUUCGGCUCAAAUCGCGUUAAAAUAUAAUAUUGCAGUUUAGAUAUGCCAUGAAAUUAAAUAUAUAAUAUGCAACAAGUGAUAAUAUUGUUAUGUAUCCUUUGCUCGGUUCGAAGAUGAAUGAAUAAAGGUGCAACACGUUCAUUUACGACUAA